GUGCUCCACUGUAAACACGUGUGCGGUUAGACCGCGUGCUGGAGUUCGUAAGCGGAGGAUUUCGAGUCCAAUAUCCAUAAUACUGGAGAGUUGUUUUCUUGGGUUAACUCGGCCUAAAAUUAGUACCUGGUGCGGUGUGUAAACAUUGUCACUGAGGAGACAAAGGCGGCCGGGCGUGGUGCUGGCCAUCCACUCGUAUGCAGUUCCGGCCUUCGAAGGCAGCAGCUGGCGAGGAACUUGCAAUGGAAGAGAAGUUUUGGGAGGCGGUGGAGGUGUGGGUGAGAAAGCCUCAGGUGUUGAACCGGCGUCUGUGUGGCGCCAGCGUGGCUGCCCGGGAGAUCGCACGUGGACUGGGGGCGCUGCGGGAUCUCCUAGAGCGGGGACAACCCUCGCAGCUGAGCAGUGCCGAGGCUGACAAGGUCCUGCGCCUUUGGCACAAAGGGAACCUUUGUGGUGAACGGCGAGAGCGAGCGGUGGCGGCGGCGACAGAUUCUGAAAGCGGCGGGCUCCAGUUUGAAGUCAUUACCAGAACGCUGAUACCAAAGGAACUCCACAAAUUUGCAAAGAUGCAGGAACUCAUUGUAAGAGAUAUUAGCAAUGCAAUGUUCGUGUCGGUACCUCUGAUGGAAGAUGCCGCUGGUGUGGUGUCUGUGAGGACGUCGAACAUUUACACCGUUACCUGUGGAACUGAUGAUACAAAACAGUGGCAUGUGGAGGUGCGGGCUGGCGGGGAGGGUGAAUGGCAGGUGGAUGGAGUCACGCUCCCUGCCCUCGUGUGGCUGGAGACGCACUUUGUGCCCAAGCUGCACAAGUGGAUGGGCGAGAGCAAGCAGAGCGACUUCCCCGACUCCCUGUCCCUGCUGCCAGUGGAAAAAUACGGCGUCCUCUACCAGCGCCUCAAGGAGAAAUACCGCAACCUCGUCAAGGUGUGGCCAGAGGUUACUGACCCAGAAAAGUUUGUCUAUGAGGAUGUGGCCAUUGCAUCAUAUCUUCUGGUACUUUGGGAGGAGGAGCGUGCGGAGCGUGGCCUGGAAGAGCGUCAGUCCUUUGUGGACCUUGGCUGUGGCAACGGGUUGCUUGUGCACAUCCUGGCCAACGAGGGGCACCCAGGGAGAGGGAUUGAUGUGAGGAAAAGGAAGAUAUGGGACUGGUAUGGGGCAGGAACUAUAUUGGAGGAAUGUGCCGUCACACCUGGAGACGACUUCCUGUUCACCGAUGUCGACUGGUUGAUUGGCAACCACUCGGACGAGCUCACGCCGUGGAUCCCGGUCAUUGCGGCCCGGUCCUCGUUCGACUGCCGCUACUUUGUUCUUCCAUGCUGCUUCCACGACUUCAUCGGCCGCUACCGGAGGAGGAGCUGCCGUCGCAGCCAGUACCGCGAGUACCUGGACUUUGUGGCGGAGAUCGGCAACGCCUGCGGCUUCCGUGUGCAAGAGGACACUCUCCGCAUCCCCUCCACAAAGCGGGUAUGUCAAGUGGGCAAAGCCAGGAUGUACCCACAGAGCGAGGAGGCGCUGCUGGAGGAGAGACGCGCCGACUUCAUCAGACGGAGGGUCGGUGGACAGGCCUGCCGCCCUCCUCAGCCAUGCAGCGGCCACGUGAAUCAUCGCCAGCAGCCGAGACCCAGCCCCGCUCCGCCCCCUGGCUUCUUGUCAGCACAAGAGCCAGACAUAAAAAUGCCGGGUAAAGUGAUGUCCGAUAGUCCAGGAAGGCGGCAAACUGCUGCUUCUCAGGAUGUUCUGCAACAUCAGUCAAGUGAGCAUGGUGAUGGGAUUUCAGCCGGUGUGCAGUCACUAGGUGAUUUUGCAAGUGAAGUGGACACAAAAACUGCAGACUUCCCACACUGCACUCUUCAGCAGAAAGACAGCAAUGAGAACAUUAACGGUACAUCCUUCUGCCGCAGUAAUGUACACACAGAUGCUAGGUUUUGUAAUGUUGGCAAAAGCAGCAAUGAUGUUUUCAUGAACGAUACGCUUGAUUCAGCCCAUUGCACGACCUUAAACCUCGAGGCCGAGCAGAGAGGAGAAAGAGUUGGCGAGUUUCAUCGCAACCUGCUCAUCAAAGAACCGGAUGCAGAGCACGGUGAGCAACCAGCAAGUUCAGACAUCCGGCCUGCCGGGGGUUGGCUCGGCGAGUUCCGUCCUCGUGAGAGGGAGGAGAGGGUGAGGAACUGUGUGCGGCUGCCCGUGGGUCUGGUGGAGCGUGUGGUGGAGACGGUGGCCAAGGCUCUCUUGGCUUCCACCGAGGAGCUAGUGAACGACGGCGGGACGCAGGAGUCUUCACCUCACUGGAAUCGAGGAGGGAGCAUCCGGCUGGAAGGAGCAGCCAAAUUGAUAGAUGGAGAGACACUGCAGCAGCUCAAGUGUGAAUGUGGAGGCCUGAAAACCCUCCUGAAGAACAGUCAUCAAGUGUUUAUAGUGUUGCAGAGUCGUGUCCAGCUCAGAGACUGGAGAAGGGAGCAGGUGGUUAGAAGACCCAAGAACAACAGGAAGAAAUCGGCCGUCGAUUGCUACAAGACGCGGGUGUGCUGGUUUUACUCUCACCACCCUGACGGGUGCCCCAGAGAAACCUCUUGCUGCCCCUUCGCACAUGGCCCUGAGGACCUACACGCGCAGCAAGGGCAGGGACACAGUUGUCCUCAAACCACGUGGUUUUAAUGUUUACUCAUCAUCAUUGGCAACGGAUUAUCCACUGCGAGGUGGAUGCAUUCCCACGCUGUUGGCAUCCCUUUUUUUCUCUUCGAUGAUGACAAAAUCCAUCCCAUCUCGCUCCUGCACUUGAAAUGUAUUUAAUCGCUUCAGCUUUGUGGUGUCAUCCUGUUGGGAACGUUAGGGUUUGGUUGCCAUCACUUCACCAGUGUCAUCCGUUGGCCUAUCACCAUUUCUAGUAGUGGGAUGUGUGGGGGGGGGAGGGGGG